UCAGAAGACGAAGCGUUGACAGCGAUCCUGCUAGGAAAACGAUGUGAUUCAAGUGAUCUUUUUUUUUUUUUUGAUAACCACACUACAGUAAUAAUAAUAUAUUAUAUAAUAAUAUAUUAAUUACUGUUGAAUAUGGCUGAUUAAUAGUCAAUAAACAUGCAUGUAUAAACACAUUUCAUCCCCAAGUUAAGCAUUUUCCAGCAUAGAAAUGACUAAAUGAAGUACUCACAUUCAGAGAUGCAUUCAAAGACGUCAGGAUAUGUCGCUAGGUGUCAGUAAUGUUAUGGGAGACACCCAAGCACCAGACUUGUCUUAUAUUCUUGUAUUAUGUCUUUUAAAUUGGGUAAUAAGAGGGUAAAGAUGACUUUAGGGGUGUUAUUUCAUGUCUAGAGGGCUCUAAUUGUAUUUCAAAGUUGUAAACAUCUAUGCUCUAUGAAAUUAUUCUAUUUAUAAAUAAAUCCCAUUUAUUUAUUCCUGGUCCGGAACCAAAUAACAGUGAUAAACAAAGGAUACUGUUUGAUUCCAUGCAGAAGGUGAAGUUUGCCAGUAACAUGAUUCUCUCUGGCUCAGGUUCUCCAAGAUUCAACAUGACAUCUCAAGAGGAGGCCUCAUCCUUCCGCAGGUUUUUCCAAUAUGUGGAAGACAGCUGCCUUCAAGCCUACGAUGAUCUCGUCAUCCAGAACGCCUCGGACAUUUCCCGAGAGAGUGACCGCAUUCGCAACAAGACCAACUGGACGUACAUGCAGGAAAAAAAACAGAAGAAGAAACGCCAGGGAGAAGAAAUCAAAAGGACCGAUGAGGAAGUUGCUGGUACAACAGAGGCCGCAUACUCUGGAAAACAUUUCAGAAUGGGUUUCAUGACCAUGCCGGCACCACAGGACCGCCUGCCCACUCCUGGCCAGGGCUUCAGCGUUCGCUCGCAGUCCCUCAACUCAGUGGGUGGUGACGACGAUGCCAGCAACCGGAAGCAACCGCCGCCAAAACCGAAGCGGGAUCCCAACACCAAACUCAGCAGCAGUUCCGAGGCUCUGAAUGGAGUCGUCGUGACAGAAGCUCAGGAGCAAGACGAAGCUCACUUCCAUUCCUGCUCUGACGACUACAAGAAGACACCUCCACCCAAACCCAGACGGAACCCAAACACCCAGCUCAGCUCCUCCUUUGACGACUCCUACAUGUGUACGCAUGGCAAGAAGGUCCCCCUGCAGUGGGAACAAACCUCCUCGCAGAGCCAGUGUUUGGCUUCCGGGGACGAUUCCGAGUCUAUUUAUAUUGAAAUGGUAGGAAAUGUGCUGCGAGAGUUGAAAAGCCAAGAGGCAGCGGUGGAUGAUGAAAACGAAUCUGUGUAUGAGGAAAUGAAAUACCCGGCCUUGGAGGACUCCGCGGUCGACACCGAUUCCUGCUCGUCAAGUCACCGCAUCCCUCAACCUUUCCCCAACCUCUUGACGCACCGACCGCCGUUACUUGUGUUCCCCACAGCCCCUACCCAGUGCUCUCCCAAUUCAGACGAGUCUCCGCUGACCCCUGUGGAUGUCACUCAGCUGUCCAUGUUAGAAAAAGCGACUUAUAGCAAGUCAAGAAGCUCAAAAACCAGCGAAGAAGAUCGGCCCUCCACUUCCACAAUAACCUCUUCAGGCCGAUCAUCCGCUCCGCCGCUUCCAUCCAACCUGUACAAAUCCUCUAGCUGCUCCCAUAAUGGGCACCCACGCAGCCAAUCAGCAUGCCCCUCCCCUGUGAGCAUGGGCCGCUCACAGACUCCUCUGAACAUGAAAAGGCCACCUCCAUAUGACGCUUUGAUGGCGGGAGGAAAUACGCCCAUUUCAUCCUCUUCCUCGAUCUCAAACAGGUCCCAAGAGGGCGGGGCGAUGCAUAAGAACUCUUCUCCCUACAGCUCCAUGCAGAACGUGGCGGUGAGGUUGCAAACCCCAACGAGUCCGAUGGACGAAGUGACUAAUACCUCAACUGCGUCCGGCAAACAGGUGGUGAGAAAAGGCUCGGGCAGCAGAAAGAGCAAACACUGUGAAGGAGAGUCCAGGUCCGCCAGGUCUGAAUGCAAGGACAGAGACGACGACGGACGAUUCAGUCCGGUUUCCAGUCGGAUGGGAAGGUCAUCAGUUAGCCCAACUUUUAUGUUUGCAGGGGCAGGAGAAUCAAAGUGUGUGACUAAACUUGGUCGCUCAGCAUCAACAUCAGGUGUGUCAUCACCGGGUUCCUUGCCACAUCACCAUCCCGCCCUCAGCCAGAUGCCGUGGCUCUGUGGAGACACCACGAUGAUGGAGAUGAUUGAGAAGAAACGCGUUUUGUGUUGUGAGAUCAAAUGUCGCCAGCGACCUGAGAAGAACCUCAGUAAACAGGACAGCAUGCCCAUCCUGCCCAGCUGGAGGAGGAAACAACCGCCGCCAUAUUCAGCCCCACCCACUGCUGCCAGCCAAUCAACCGCAGUGUUGUGGGACACCGCCAUCUGACCCCCUUACAAUGUUUCUCUGGUCUCUUUGUUGCUUGUCUCGUGUGUCUCGUGUCCACUUCAAAUGUGACCUGAAGGAAACGGAUACAGUGGAGCCCGCUUAUGUCCAACAAUUCAGCAAGUAGUGCCCGUCGACGUCAACAUAAAAUUUGACAAAAAAAAUUCAACAAAAAGACCUAUGUCAACAGUAUUGUAGCUUUAACUUCAUUAUCGCUGAGCAACAUGCACUGUGCAACUACUGUCUAAUUACAUAGCAGGACAUGCAGUGAUUACCUGUUCAGUGCAAAAUAAGCAUCAAAAUAACCAUCAAAAUAAGCGUGGCGCCAUUAACUUAGUUAUCACUCAGCCACAACAUAACAGUGUCGCAACGCAACAAACAGGGACUUCCUGUUCAGUACAAAAUAAGCAUGGCACUAUUAACUUAGUUGUCACUCAGCCACAUGAAGUGACGGCCUAUUCAGUUCAAAUUAAGUGGCAGGAGAAAUGCCUAUCAAUCUGCCACAACAUAACUGUCUGGUUAAAGUGGUAAAACAUGCACAAUGUCUUCCUGUUCAGUGCAAAAUAAGCAUCAAAAUAAGUGGCAGCACAUGUUCUCAAACAAGGAAAUGAGCUUGGCAGCUGCGUAAGAUGAGCAUGGAAAAUGUGGGCGAUGUGAAGAUGAAGCAGGGUGACUGUGCACAAAUCAGCGUUUUAUUGGCGUGUAUAAAAUAAGCGGGUUCCACUGUCGUGAAGAAAUGGGUGUGAAUCUUUGAAAAAAGUAAAAAAAAAAAUGUGAUGACUAACCAAUCAGAUUUUAUAUAUAUUGAAAUCAUAUUUUCUUACUUUGAUGUUAAGCCAGUUUUGGAUGAUUUAGUGAAUGGAGACAGGAAAUGUGAUGACAGAUGAAAACAUACAUGACAUCCAUGUACAGGAAGGUUUUGGUGAAGAAACUCCUCUCAGGACACAAAGUGUAAACAAAUACCUUCAGUGGUAUUUAACCGGAGGAAAUGACAAAGAUUUAAGGCACUUUACAUACACAGCAAGUUCAGAGAGAGGAGGAUUUUGACUGCCCGAUCAGGAGUGUCAAUGGCGCAACGCAUUCUGGUAUGUCACGCAAAUGGAGAACACGUAUCAUGCAUUACCUUUGUCUGCUUGAGUUAAAGCACAUUAUGUUUCAUAUGAAGGAUUAUGAUUUUUCACAAGUUGACAAAAGUAAACACUCUAAAAGCUAGGGGUGCUGUGCUUUUGAAUGAAGCUAAAAUGCACUAAAGUGAUCCUUUGCCACUUCACUCUUCCAAUUUCAAAAAUAAAUUAAAUCAUGCUGUUUUGUGGUUGGA